CCGCCGCCGCCGCCGCCGCCGCCAGCAGAGCGCACCGGGCGGGCCGGGCGGGCCGGGCGAGGGGCCAUGGCGGGCGCCGAGGACGGACCGGGCCAGCAACCGGAGCUCGACGAGGAUGAGGCGGCCUAUUGCCGGCGCUGGGGCGCGCAGCACGCCGGGGCCCGCGAGCUGGCCGCGCUCUACUCGCCAGGCAAGCGUUUCCAGGAGUGGUGCUGCGUGGUCCUCUGCUUCAGCCUCAUCGCCCACAACUUGGUCCAUCUCCUGCUGCUGGCCCGCUGGGAGCACACGUCCCUUGUCAUCGUGGGUGUAGUUGCAGGGGCUCUCAUUGCUGAUUUCCUGUCUGGCCUGGUGCACUGGGGUGCUGACACUUGGGGCUCUGUGGAUCUGCCCAUUGUGGGGAAGGCUUUCAUCCGGCCCUUCCGGGAGCAUCACAUCGACCCCACAGCCAUCACACGGCAUGACUUCAUCGAGACCAAUGGCGACAACUGCCUGGUGACCCUGCUGCCACUGCUAAACAUGGCCUACAAGUUCCGCACUCAGAGCCCAGAAGCCCUGGAGCAGCUGUACCCCUGGGAGUGCUUUGUCUUCUGUCUGACCAUCUUCGGCACCUUCACCAAUCAGAUCCACAAGUGGUCACAUACGUACUUCGGGCUGCCACGCUGGGUCAUCCUCCUGCAGGACUGGCACGUUAUCCUGCCACGCAAACACCACCGUGUCCACCACGUCUCACCCCAUGAGACCUACUUCUGCAUCACCACAGGCUGGCUCAACUACCCACUCGAGAGGAUAGGUUUCUGGCGGCGCCUGGAAGACCUCAUCCAGGGCCUGACCGGCGAGAAGCCUCGGGCGGACGACAUGAAGUGGGCCCAGAAGAUCAAGUGACUUCUCCCAGCCUGCCCGAUGCCAACCUCCCCCAGCCCCCAGACAAGCCAUCUGCCAACUCCAGCCUCUGCGAGCCCCUCCAGGUGGAGAGGGCAUCUCCUGGGCUGGCCCAGGCACCCCCAGCCCACCCCGUGACAGAGAAUACUUGAGCCACUGGUUUUUCAGUUUCUCUUUGUUGUCUUUGCUCCGCCCUCCCCAGCCACCAGAGCUGCCGUCUGCCAAGCCUGACUUUGCAGAAAAGGGAGCCGAGCCCUGCCCUGCCGCCAUCCACUCCCUGCACCUGCUGCCCCCGCCCUACUGGGCAGCCCUUCAGAGCGGCGGCAUCGAGGCCUCUGACUCACCUUGGUCUGUCUUUCCUUGACUGGCCCCAGUUAUCUAGGGAUCCCCUCCAGGACUAGUGUGCCCUGGAUCAUCGUCCUGCUGUGGCCCUGCAAACUGACCCCAAAGGCCUGGGAAGGUGAACAGCUUCAGCCACUGCCUGCUGUCCAAGUGUGGUGAAGCUUGCCAAGGAAGAGCCCCAGGGGUGGCCAGUGGGAGAGGCCAGAGUCCCUGCCCGAGUCUGGACAGUCCCUUGUCCCUCACCCCCACUUCCACUGUCCAUAUGAUUGCAGCCAGAGCCGAUGUUUCCAAAAAGAGGACGUCCACAGGGCACAGCCCUUAUGAAAGGGCCUUGGUCAUUUGGAAGGGGACAGUGUCAUGUCUGACAAAGUGUUUCAGAAGGAAGAGCGGGGCUUUUUUAAUUUGGGGUUGUUUUUUUUAAAGGUGCUUGCUUGUUAAUGUAAAUAAUAGAAAGCCUUAAUACCUUUUCUGUGACAUGAGGUAAUAUUUUAAUGUCACGUUUUGGAUGCACAUAAUAUAUUUAUAACAAAGCAGCCUUGGCUGCCUCGUGGUGUUUCCUGAUUGGCUAGGGUGGGGGUCAGGCUCCACCCCCUUCCCAUGGCCUCAGGAUGGGGCUAGGAUACCCGAGGCAGUGACUUGGGGACACUUUCAGAGGGGACUCAGGACCCUGACUUGGGAGUGGCCUUUCGAGUGGAUCAUGAGAAAUGAAGGCAGAUCCGUACUGGAGGAUCAGCAGAGUGUGUGUGAGCACCUGGUGUGUGGCUCUGACCUGGACACUGGGUACAUGGGUGAACAAACCAAGGACCUGCCCUGGUGGUGCUUACCUCUGGGGCAAAGAGACAAUAAAACGUAAAUAAAUGCUCAUGGAAUUUCCCAUGGUGAUUUGUGAGAA